UAGCACACGCAAUCGGAACGUCUUGUUUUGUUUUUAAUGUGUAAUUAUUGAUAGUAUUAAAUAGCAAAUCAGUACACAAUUUAAUCUCGACCAAGAUGUUUCCACGAACGAUUGCUUUGUUGUUAAUUUUAGCUGUUGUAACGGCCAAGGACCUCCCAGAAUCAGCUAAAAGGGCAUUUCUUAAGGCUGCCAAAGGUUGUACCCCAGACAACGUUCUUGAAGCCCUAAACAAAGACCAAUACAUUCCAAUAGAGCAACUGCAAAACGCCUACAUAUGUGUGUUGAAAAAAAUCAACUUUAUCGACGACAGUGGAAAUAUUAAAGAAAAUGUGAUCAAAAAACAUUGGAGUAAAAUCUACGGCGAAUCAGAAUGGCCAAAAUUGAAGAAAUGUUUGGUGAAACAGGAGACAGCUGGCCAAACUUGUCUAGGACUUCUUAAUUGUCAAUUCACAACCAGUGGAAUCCCAGAAAACGCUUUUAUGGUGGAGUAAAAAUCAGACAAUUUGUAAUUAAUGAACAUUGUAGUUGUUUAUGAUUAAAAUUAAUAUGUAAUUAAUAAUAUUACAGUAAUAGUAAAAUAAUUAAUAAAAUUUA